UCAGUUCCCAACUGACGCUCGAGUCGUCAAGUACUAUAAAAAAAAAGUAGCUGAAGCAACACAAAUUACCAUCCAAUAAGUUUCGAAUGAGAUAUUUCAAUAAUGUGGCGCUUGUUAAUACUAUUCGCGGUGGUGUCGAAUGGCAGCGCUUUGAUCUGUACCCGACGUCCGGCAAAUACGGCCACGCCCAAGUCGCCAGUCGAUGAGAACUAUGUGAUAAGCAUUACUGGCAAUCCGGAAACGUAUAUUCUCGGUCAGGAGUACAACGUUUCUCUAAAUGCAUUCAACGGUCAUCGCUACAUCAGUUUCAUUCUGGCUUUGGAAAACGAGAAUGGAGAUUUUAGCUACAUGGCCGAUCUGGGUAGAUUCGAACUAAGCGAUAAGAUCGAGACACGUUUCAGUCCCAACUGCAUUAACAUGGUGGAAAACACAAACACCAAUCCCAAGACACAUAUGCAUCUCACUUGGACAGCCCCAAGUGAGCCUGGCAGUGGCUGCAUAUUAAUACGUGCCACAGUACUGCAGCAUCGCGAUGUUUGGCACAUGGACGAUGGCGGCUUAACACGACGAAUUUGCGAGGAGAUCGUGGACGAUGUUGAAAGCCAGCCAACUGCACCCAGUUUAAACGCUCCUUGUUGUGCCUGCGACGAGGCGCGUUAUGAGCUUACUUUCGAGGGAGUCUGGCAACGAAAUUUACAUCCAAAGAACUUUCCAGAAAGAAAAUGGGAGACACGGUUCUGUGAGCUCGUCGGUGCUGCGCAUAGCUCCGAUUAUCGCUUUUGGGAAUCCGGUGCCCUAGCCAGCGAAGGCUUAAAGCAAUAUGCGGAGCACUGCACCGCAAAGCUGCUUGAUCGAGAGUUUAGCGUCAAUUAUCGCGAGAAUAAGAUACGCACAAUUAUUAAGGCACGUGGUCUAGGGUAUCCCAAUCUGAACAGUAAAUCGAUGGCUUCGGUGCGUGUUGAUCCAAUGCGUCACAUGGUAUCGUUUGCAUCCAAAAUUGAGCCGUCGCCCGAUUGGAUUGUGGGCGUUAGCGGACUGGAGCUGUGUCUACGGAAUUGCACCUGGUUGGACUCGAAAGUGAUCAAUUUGUAUCCAUGGGAUGUGGGCACCGAUGCAGGUCCCACUUAUACGUCACCCGAUCAGCCUCAAGUUCCACCUGAUGUCAUCAGGCGAAUGAGCUCGGACUUCCCCCCAGAUGAUCGUUCGCCAUUCUACGAUAAGGAAGGGAUACCAAUGAAGCCAAUGGCCGUGUUAACCAUACGACGCCAACGAAUCUACGAACGGCGUUGCCUGGAUGAAGAAUCCAACAACGAUGAAGAUGUGCCACGCGAAUGUCAGACGCAUCCCUGGUCAGCUUGGACCGAGUGUUCUACGAAAUGUGGUGGUGGCAUGCAAUAUAAGCGACGUGUGUACAAGCAACCCGAGCUCUCCAGAGUUUACAACUGCAAUGUGCCACUCUACGAAGAACGCGAGUGUGAGGGCGAAGCCUGUGGUGUGGCAGAGUCGGUUAACAAUGCAGACGAGUUUGAGGAGUUUCAGCUUGGCGGACAAAAGAUUCCCCCUUAUCAACGACAGGCUGAGUGCCAAUUAUCUGGUUGGAGCGCUUGGGGUUCAUGUAGUGUAACUUGUGGCGACGGUUUUCAAUCACGAUACCGUCAAUAUAUUACUCCCGGAGCUGAGGAAAAGUGUCAAAAUGUAUAUAGCCUACUUCUGCAAGAAACGCGAAGUUGCUCGGGUGGCACUUGCUCGGGCAACUUAUCCGGAGAAGACGCUGAUCCCAAUUCCCAAUAUGACGGAUCACUGAAUCAACGCUUACAGCCGGAUGAUUAUCGCAACUUCGAAGUGGGCAAUCUAAAGGGCACCAAUCAAUGGGGCCAAGAACAGAUCAGCCAUACUCCAACAAUGUCCAAGCAAUUCUUUAGACCACAGCAGUCGUCUUACAAUCAACAGUCUCGUAAAGCUCCUGCGAAUAGUUAUGAAGACAUACCACGAUUACUGGACGUUGAGCGUGCUCCAUUUCAACGGAGACCCGGUAGUAAUGACUUCCGUGAUUCCAGCAGUAAUAACUUCCGUGAUCUCGGAAGUAAUAACUUCCGUGACUCCGGCGGUAAUAAUUUCCGUGAUUCCGACACUAAUAAUUUCCGUGAUCCCGGGAAUCGUUUCUCUACCCAGAAUUCGCGUCUUCGCAGCACCAACAGAGAUGUGGAUGAUCAAAAUCCAUAUAUGCAACCAAAUAAUAAUGUACACGAUCCAUGGCUAAGACGUAAUAACAAUAACUUUAGAAGAAGUUAUGAUGAUGCUGAGGACAACAAACCGGAUAUCGAUGAAUAUAUGGAGAGGAGCUGCUUCCAAAUGAUAAGGACGACGCCAAACUGUCACAAUGAAACAAUUCUGGGCAACUUCUGGUUUUAUAAUUUCUGCAAUGAUGAAUGCAUGUUGUUCCCAGUAGAUGUAUGUGAUAGAAAUGUUAACAAGUUCAACAAAUUGGAGAAAUGCGAAGAGUGUCGUCGUCCUCAAUACAAACAGCUCCAAUUGCAAGCUGCAGAGUCACAAGAAUGCAAAAAUAUUUUAUCCGCGCAACGAGCUGAUAACGAGUUCUGGAGAGAAGAACGCAUCUACACUGAUCCUAGGCUUCUUAACAAUUAUAGUAACAGAAAACGAGAUUGAGUGCAAAUAUUAUAUUAUAGGCAGCGUCUCAAUUGUUGUCUCAAACAAAUGUAAAGCACAUAAAAUAGGUUUAUUGAAGAUAUUGUACUAUUAAA